GGGGAAGAAAAUUAGUCCGGGGAGGGGGCCUGGAGGGAUUGGGAGAUUUAGAGGGACAUGUCUGCAAGGCAAUCUGAAGGGGACCAGAUACUCCUACGUGAGCACCACAAGAUGUGCAGUAGUCCAUUGCAUCCCAGCUGUUCUAAAAGACGUUGUGUUCCUGCAUAGACCUGCCCAUGCAGUGAGUGGAGACCCUGCAGCCCUGGCUGCAUACCCGUCAAGAUACAGCGGAGAGCUUGAAGUGCCACUGGGCUUGGUGCUCACAGAUACCUACUGCCUUAACUCUGCUGCAGGGAGCUCGGGGUGAUGGUCACAAACUGGCUUGUGAGAAAGGAUGGGCAAUGUACAAACAAACCAAUUGCUGUUGAAAUGUGCUCUGCACAGAUGGUCAGCGAGGGAAAUAUUUCUUCCUGAUGCCUUCUGCCAAGAAGGAACUGCCUCAGUCAUAGCAUUUGAAAGCAAGAGGGACCUCCCGGGUGACCAUGGGAGAGGGGCUGUGUGAGAGAGCGCUGUUGUGGUCACAGCCGGACACCGUGUGUAUCACACACAUUGGUGAUCACAGGGAGAAUAAUUACUUCUGAUUAAUAGGCCAGUAAAGCAAUGAAAAGUGAAAAAUAUCAAGCACUUUUGUUUAGUGAUGUGAAAAGGUUCCUAGAAACAACCUUGUCAGUUGUUCUGCAUGAAGUCACCCAUUCUGAGUAAACUAAUAUUUGCUGAUGCCAGAAGCCCUGGCAGGAAGCGUUCACAAAUCAAGCCUUUGGCAGGCUGUAGGCUGGGUCUCAUUCUCACCUACACCUCAGUGCCUGGGGGGACAUACUAUCUUCUCCAGCUGAAGUGUGCGGGUAUGCCUUUGCUUGCUUCCCUCAGUCGGCUCUGCUCAUUUCCAGCUGAAACACUUGGCUGUCUGAAAACCAGAACCCAACUUCAGGCAUUUCUCAGUGGCAUCUUCUUUAGGACCUUGGUCUUUGUUUUAAGUCAAUGCAAGAAACAUGAGCCUCCAGAGAAGGAGUUAGAUCUCUGCAAACAGCCCUGCUGAAUUUACGACAUCGGUUUGAGUUUCACGGGGAGACAUGAGGCUGGGGCUGGCCAUCCUGUUACACCUCAUGCUGGUAAGACUCCAGCAUGCACAGGAUGACUGUGAUGCUGGGUCCUGCCACCCAGCCAUUGGGGACCUUCUCCUGGGUCGCAGCAAGCAAUUAACAGCCUCGUCAACCUGUGGAAUGAACAGCCCUCAGAAGUACUGCAUUAUAGGCUACCUAGAGGAUGAACAGAAAUGCUUUCUCUGUGAUUCCAGAUACCCAUAUAAUCCCUAUACACAGCACAACAGUCACAUGGUUGAAAAUGUUAUCACAACUUUUGAGCCUGAUAGGAAAAAAAAGUGGUGGCAGUCAGAAAACGGUGUUAACCACGUCAGCAUUAGAUUGGACCUAGAAACUUUAUUCCAGUUCAGCCAUCUUAUCCUGACUUUUAAGACAUUUCGACCUGCAGCGAUGCUGGUUGAGCGCUCCACUGACUUUGGUCAGACCUGGAAAGCCUUUAGAUACUUUGCACAGGACUGCACAGCUUCUUUUCCCAACAUCCCUUCUGGUCCAGCAAAAAGUGUGGGAGACAUCAUUUGUGAUUCAAGAUAUUCAGACAUCGAGCCCUCCACUGAAGGCGAGGUUGUUUUAAAAGCUUUGGAUCCCAGCUUUGAAAUAGAAAAUCCAUAUGUGCCACAUAUCCAAGAGCUCAUUACGUUGACAAACCUAAGGAUCAAUUUUACAAAACUCCACACCCUUGGGGAUGCUCUGCUUGGAAGAAGGCACAGUGAUCCCCUCGAGAAGUACUACUAUGCUGUCUAUGAGAUGGUUGUACGGGGCAGCUGCUUUUGCAAUGGCCACGCCAACCGGUGUGCUCCUGUGCAGAAUCUGCGGGGAGAUGUUUUCCGUCAGUCUGGGAUGGUCCACGGGAGAUGUAUCUGUCACCAUAACACUGAAGGUUUGUCCUGUGAAAGAUGUAAAGAUUUCUACAAUGAUGUUCCAUGGAGACCAGCUGAAGGGGCACAAGAUAAUGCUUGCAAACGGUGUAACUGCAAUGGACACUCUGGCAGAUGCCACUUUGACAUGGCCGUGUACCAGACCAGCGGUGGGGUCAGCGGUGGUGUUUGUGAGGACUGCCAGGACAACACCACGGGGCAACACUGUGACCAGUGUCAACGUUUCUUUUACCGGGAUCCGCUCAAAGUCAUCUCGGACCCUCAUGCAUGCCUCCCCUGCAACUGUGACCCAGAAGGUACAUUGCACAACGGCAUGUGUGAGAGCCGCACAGAUCCUGCUCUGGGAACAGUCGCGGGCCGAUGCCCUUGCAAAGAGAAUGUGGAGGGUGUGCGCUGUGACAAGUGCAGGGCGAACUACUACGGGCUGAGUGGCAGUGACCCUCUGGGCUGCCAACCCUGUAACUGCGAUCCUGCCGGCAGUCUGCCUUUCUCCAUCUGCGAUCCAGCCACCGGAGAGUGUCUCUGCCAGCGGUUUGCCACAGGGCAACGCUGUGAAAAAUGCCUUGUAGGAUACUGGGGUCUUGGCAACAGCUUGCAUGGCUGUUCUCCAUGUGACUGUGACAUUGGUGGAUCCCAGAAUAACUUGUGUUCACCAAAGGAUGGUCAGUGCAAGUGUCUUCCCAACAUCGUGAGCCGUCAGUGUAACGAGCCAGCCCCUGGCUACUUCUUUUUACCCCUGGAUUAUUAUAUUUACGAAGCUGAGCAUGCAAAGCCCCUUUCUGGCUCUGCACCCUUGGUUAAACCAAGCACUCUUCCCAGGUGUGACAUCUACUUCCAGAAGCAAGGCUAUGAGUUCAUGAUUGAAAAUGGAAAGAUUGUGUUAAACAGGAGCAAGAAACGAAGUGUAAGAAAAUCUGGAAUGGAACAGGGAGCAGCACAGCUUGGACAGGACUCGGCUGUGUCGGUGGUUUUCAGGCAGCCCAGCACCGGUCGGUCAGUCACAUGGACAGGACCCGGCUUCGCACGCGUUCCCAGCGGAGCUGGGCUCAGAUUUGCCAUCAACAACAUUCCCUUUGCUAUGGACUUUGAUAUCACGAUUCGUUAUGAGCCUGAGUCCUUGGAAGACUGGAUAGCAAGUGUUGCCAUCCAGCCCGCUGGUAUUUCGUCAAGUCAACACUGCAAAAACAAGAGCCUUUCACAGGAACCACAUUUGUUGCCUCUCUCAGCUGCAAAGAGGAUUGCACUUCUGCAAACUCCCGUCUGCCUGGAGCCAGGAACAGAAUAUUCUGUGGAUGUGUAUUUUUCUCAGCCCUCUGCCUCUGACCCAAAGGUGAAAUCGUUCAUCUUGAUUGACUCACUUGGACUUAUUCCCAGAAUCAGCUCCGUGGAGAACUUAUGCAGUGAAAAGGAUUUAGACGAGUACCAGAAGUAUCACUGUAUUGAAAUUGCAUCAGAAGUUGGACCUCACGUCCUGCCCGAAGCAUGCACACGGCUCAUAGUGAGCAUGUCAGCCCGUAUUCAUAAUGGUGCCAUCGCGUGUAAGUGCAAUCCCCAAGGGUCGCUGAGCGCCAGCUGCAGUAAACUGGGGGGCCAGUGUCAGUGCAAAGCCAAUGUCGUGGGACGCUGCUGCGACACCUGCUCUGCGGGCAGCUAUGGCUUCGGCUUCCAUGGCUGCUAUGCAUGUGAGUGCCACCCUCAAGGCUCGCUGAGUACACUGUGCGACCAGGUGACGGGGCAGUGCUCCUGCCGGCGCGAGGUGGAUGGCCAGCGCUGUAGCCGAUGUCUGGCUGGCUAUUUUGGAUUUCCCCACUGCCGCCCUUGCCCAUGUAACGGCUACACGGAGCUUUGCGACCCAGUGACUGGAGCAUGCCUGAACUGCCGAGGGUUUACAGCUGGAAGCCGCUGUGAAAGGUGUGUGGACGGCUAUUAUGGAAACCCUCUGAAGGGAGAGGCCUGCCGCCCAUGCAUGUGCCCAGGGGCACCUACAAGCAAUAGGUAUUUUGCACAUUCCUGUUACCAGGACUCCCGGUCUGCACAACUAGUCUGCAAUUGUCUCGAGGGAUAUUCAGGCGAUCGGUGUGACGAGUGUCCUAGUGGGUUCUACAAGAACCCAGGCAGCCCUGGGCAUGGCUGUGUGCUGUGUCCCUGCAAUAACAACAUUGAUGUGACAGACCCAGAGUCCUGUAACAGGGUCACCGGGGAAUGCACCAAGUGUUUACACAACACCCAUGGAGCAAACUGCCAGUUCUGCAAACCAGGGUAUUUUGGCUCAGCCCUCAAUCAAGACUGUCAAAGGUGCACAUGCAACGUAGCAGGUGUUCACCCUGCGAUGUGCCCAGGAGGGGACGCAGCCUGUCUGUGUGACCCGGUCAGCGGGGCUUGCCCGUGCCUGCCCAACGUGGUGGGUGCAACGUGUGACCAGUGCGCCCCUGGCUACUGGGACCUGGCUAGUGGAAAAGGAUGUCAGAUCUGUGACUGUGAUCCAAAAAACUCCCAAAGCAACCAGUGCAACCAGUUUACAGGCCAGUGUCCAUGUAAGCCAGGUUACAGUGGAAGAUGUUGUGAUGAAUGUGAGGAAAAUUAUUUUGGCAAUUCACAGACACGUUGCAUUUCAUGCGAGUGUAACCCGGAGGGAACCAGCCAGCCCACGUGUGACAAAGCCACUGGCGCCUGUAAGUGCCGCGCUGGCGUCACCGGACGGUUCUGUGACAAGUGUGGCCGUGGCUUUGAGAAAGACUUUCCCUCUUGCCAUCGAUGUCAUCUUUGUUUUGAUCAAUGGGACACUGAAAUUACUGCCCUCGCUCAGACUGUUCAGGUGUUAAUGAGGUUUGCUGCAAAUCUCGAAGUUAAAGGAGGACGAAGGCCCAGCUGUGACAUGCGCUUCAAAGCCUUUGAAGAUGCCAUUUCUGAAAUUGAAAGAAUUUUGAGACAUCCUGUUCUUUCACUGGAGACCCUCUCGGACAUCAGGGAUUUUCAGGGCUACAUUCAACAAAAAGUUGCACAAAUGGGUCCACUUCACAGUCCGCUGUAUGAGUUUCCUGACCUUAACAAGAACAUAGAAGACAUUGGGGAAGAAGCUGACCUAGUGUAUGAACUUCUACAGCAGAAAAUACAUCUGCACCAAAGUUUUCAUUACUUGAACCUCCAAGAGGCCAUGAGCAACAUUAGGAAACACUUUGAAGUAUCAUUGCUGGCAGAGCAGAAGACUAGUGGGACAACCCCUGUUGUAAGAUACUCAGAGUACACCAGGAACCAUGCGCUCGCUAUGUUGGGACGUCAGGCUCUGAAAGCAAGCCAUGUGCUGGAGCAGCUCAGGAGCAUCGGGAGCCCCAACAUCCAAAACUUGAACGAAAAGAUCUGUGGUGUGCCAGGAGACCAGCCCUGUGUCACAGCAGCCUGUGGGGGGGCUUUGUGCCAGGACAGGCACGGACUCAGGCAGUGCGGUGGCCCAAAUUGCAGCGGAGCUCUUCCACUGUCCACUGAUGCCUUCAGGAAAGCUGAGGAGACCGCUGUGUUGCUAAAUAACUUGACUACUCAGCUACGGGGACCUGAGAAUCAGGUCAAAAGCAUCAGGAAAACGGCAGAAGAGAGCAAGUUGAAAGGCUCACAAUUUAAAGGGCAACUGGAGAGGGCUAAGAAUCAAAUUGAAGUUGACCAAGAGAUCACUAAGGAGUUCAUCCGAAAAGUGAAAGACUUCUUGUUAGAUGAGAGCGCACCUCCAGAAGACACAGAGAAGGUGGCAAAUUACAUUCUGCAAAUAAACCUUCCCCUGACUUCACGAGAGCUCACAGUCAUGCUUGACAAAAUCAGGAGCAUUAUGAAGCCCUGUGAGAAGUACAAAAUGAAUGCAAGUAAGAGAAAAAGAAAAUGGGAGGAAGCUCAGACACUGCUGGUGGAGGCACAAGAAGCUGACAAAGCAGCUAAAGCUCUUCUGCCUGUGGAUGAAAUGAAUAAUAAACUAAAAAAUGUUGUGAAGUCCCAAGGACGCUCCAAAAACACCUUAAUCGAGUUACAUGAAGAGAUACGGGCCAUCAGAACACAAAUCUCACAGGCUGAGAACAAAGUGAACAAGACAAAUGAUGAACUAAAUGACUUGUCAGCAAAGCAGUCUGAGAUGGAAGAUGAAAUUGCCACAUUGCAGGCAAAAAUGCUGAUGAACAAGAAUCAAGCUAUGAAGGCAAGAGCAGGGGCAGAAGCAGCACACAAGCAAGCCCAGAAUAUUGAUAAUGAAUUUGCUGACAUUAAAAGAAAGUACACCAUUCUUCAAGAAAAGCUAAAAGCCCGGGUACCUCCAAAAGUAACACUAGAAAAAGUGAAGCAGCUGAAAGAAGCAGCAGAAAAACUGGCUGAAGAGACUGAAAGAAAAAUUAAAAGGAUAACAGAUUUGGAGAAGAAGCUUCGGGACCUGAAUCAAACCAAACAAGACAAGGCAGAGCAACUGAGACAACUAGAAGAACAAGUAAUAGCCAUUAAAAAUGAAAUCACUGAGCAGGAAAGCAAGUAUGCAACAUGCAAAAGUUAGGGUCUGAACAGACCAUCAGGUAAAGUGCAACUGAAGUCUUCAGGCUUACCACCUCCCUUCCCAGCACGAGUGGCUGUGUCUGUAAAUUCCUCUGAAGGUGCAUAUAGUGUUUUGGCACAGUAAAUAACGUAACUUUCUCUUAGGAUUUUUGGCCAGUUGAGUUUAUAUGGAAUAAGAAAAUACCUUUUAAUAAACCUGCUGAUAAUCAGGAUGCAGUUUUUGAGGGAGCUCUAAAAUACACUCCUGCCCACAGGCCAGGGCUUCUCCUUACAGAGGGCUGGAAAUGCAAAAGGAGGAUUGCUCAGAGAUGUAACUGCCUCAGAGACUCCCAACACUCUGUGUCUUCUGCUGAGCCACACAAUAACCUGUGGCUGUGCCACAACCCCACAUGGGGCUGCACCAACCAGGGUGGGCCGAUGCAGAGGAAGGGCUGUGGGCUUCUGUAGCCAUCCAUCCCUGCUGACAACUGGCAGCAUCCCCAGGGUACUGUCACACCUCCAUCCCCAUCUCCUCACUGGUACAGAGCAGGGGGGUUCACCAGGAACCCCUGACCCUGUGGGGUUCCCACUAUGUUAACUGAAAAAGCUGAGGGAUGCGCAGUACCUGCGUGCAGCACUGGGCCAUUGGAGGUGGGUGACAGGGAGCGAAUUCCCCGGUGCCCACUGGAUGGCAGUGCGCACUUAAUGCCAAACACAACCUCCAAAUCAUCAAAUUGUUGUUAAGGAUCAUUUCUCAAUGUCCCUCCUGCAAUACCUUUUUUUCAUAUGCUUAUAAGGGAUUUCCUAUGUUUUUCAUUAAUCCAAAGAACUGGAGAAUAACUCCAGCUUUUAGGUUUAAGCUGUGAGUCUAAAGGGCCACAUGUGUUGAAAAACAGUUUAUCCAUUUUUUUUUCCUACAAGCAGAAGUCAGGGUUCACUCAGCAGUUUCUUGUGGCCAUAAAGAACACAGGAUUUGACCUAAAUUUUAGCUUAUAAUUCCUUUUCUUACUAUAAAAAAGGAGACUGGGGCUAAGCAAAUGCUACAGAAGCGCUAGGGUUUUAAAAAGACCAAAGGGAGCAACGCUUUGGUUUCAAAAUCCCACCCUUGAUAUACAUAUUCCUGCAGGAUGCUGAACAGACUAAAGAUGGCUUUUCCUCAGUUAAGACCAGUCAUGUAAUUCCCAGCUGGGCCGUCCCACGGCAAGCAUCCCUCAUGGGCUUCAUCCAGCUGGGGUGAGAAGCCCAGAGCUGCUGCAGAGCGCUCAGAUCCAGCCCAGACUGCAUCUGGAAAAGGAGGAAGGCUCUGCAGGAGCAACUACUCAUCCUCAUGCGAGGAGCACACAUAAACAACCCUUAUCUAAAAGCAAGCAUUGUUUCCAUCCCUUGGAGAUAAACCCUCCCUAGUUAUCACUCUGUGUUUAGGAGAGCUAAAUUAGCACUUGUAUGUGCUGGGGGCUUGGGUGGGAAUUGCUGGCAUGGAUGAGAUUUCAGAGAUUUUCCUCUAACUCAAACUAGCUGUGCUCCAGGGCCAUGUCCAACAUGCAUUACUCAUAUAAUAGCAUAUAUUAUGAAAAUGAAAGGAAUCAAAUUAUAACUUCAAUAUAAUUUAACAAAGGCACCUGAAUGCAGGUAUGCACAUAACUCGUGGUUUAGAUUUUUUCUGAAUUUUAACACUUUAAAAAAUCAUCUGUGAGGUGUGAGGCUUAUUUACAAGUUACUAGACUGUAAUCAGAAUAUAUUUAGAUUGACUUUGCCAUACUGAGCUUGAGUAUCUCUGUUUUAUUCGGAGCACACAGCUCACCAAACUGCCCACACGCAGGUCUCCAGGUAAUCAAGGGUUUCCUGCAGGUUUCAAUGUGGCCCUGAUGUACCUGCACUGCACCUGAAACAGGCAAACUGGAGCUCUUGGAAAGAAAUUCCCAUAUAAACCAAAAUUAUUUCAUUCAUGACUCUAGAACUCAGAAUUCACAAGCAGAAAGCUGAAAAAUAAUUUCCUCCUAAAAUGGACCGUUGGCUGCGAGAGCUGCCAUAUGGCUUUCAACAAAGAAUAAGUCGGUAAACACACAGCAGUUGUGUCUGUGGCCUGGAGGGGAGAUGUAUCCAUGAGGGGAAACAGAAAUCACAGGAAGAAAAGUGGAAACAGGAAGAAGAAAGUCAGCAUGGAGUCCGAGCUGCCCUGCCUUCCUCCAGGAAUGCUCAGACACACAAAGCAAGCAGACCUGGCAGGACCAGUGGCUGCAGGACACCAAACCCAUUCUGUGACAGCUUCCGAGGUUUACAACUGUGCAGCAUUCACCAUUGGAAGUGCUGCAAAAAACCUCUAGUGUUUUUGCAAAGUUAAUGUGUGGGAAAAUGCUGUAUCUUGAUCAAAAAUACGUAUUUUUUUAGUUCCCCCAGCUCUCCUUGUGGAAAUGGCUUCAGAAAAGUGUUUAUUGAAAACAUUAUUGAAAUCAC